GCGCGUGCGCGACGGAAGUGGGUGCGCGUGACGAGGCACGCCGGAAGCGCCGGCUGCGUUGCGGGAAGGGAAGCCCGCCCUGUGGCGGCUGGGCUCGGCUGCUGGGAGGAGGUGGUGGGCUGGUUCGGACGCGGGUCGAGGCUGUAGCAGGAUUCCAGGAAGAUGUUACCGAGUACUUCAGUGAAUUCCUCAAUGCAGGGGAACGGAGUCUUGAAUUCCAGGGAUGCAGCAAGACACACAGCCGGAGCGAAACGCUACAAGUAUCUGAGAAGGCUUUUCCGCUUUCGGCAGAUGGACUUUGAAUUUGCUGCCUGGCAGAUGCUCUACCUGUUCACAUCCCCACAGAGAGUUUACAGAAAUUUUCAUUAUCGAAAACAGACGAAGGACCAGUGGGCCAGAGAUGACCCUGCUUUCUUGGUCCUGUUAAGUAUCUGGCUCUGUGUGUCCACUAUAGGAUUUGGCUUUGUGCUGGACAUGGGAUUCUUUGAGACAAUAAAGCUUCUCCUUUGGGUUGUAUUCAUAGAUUGUGUAGGCGUUGGUCUUCUGAUAGCAACUUUAAUGUGGUUCAUCUCUAACAAGUAUUUAGUGAAACGACAGAGCAGAGACUAUGAUGUGGAAUGGGGCUAUGCUUUUGAUGUGCAUCUCAAUGCUUUUUAUCCACUCCUGGUCAUUUUGCAUUUUAUCCAGCUUUUUUUCAUCAACCAUGUCAUCCUCACAGACACAUUUAUUGGAUAUUUAGUUGGAAACACCUUAUGGUUGGUUGCAGUUGGCUAUUAUAUCUAUGUCACUUUCCUGGGAUACAGUGCAUUGCCAUUUUUGAAAAACACAGUAAUUCUUCUGUAUCCAUUUGCACCUCUGAUUCUGCUCUACGGGCUGUCCCUGGCACUGGGAUGGAACUUCACCCACACUCUGUGUUCCUUCUAUAAGUACAGAGUGAAGUAAAAACAAGUGAGAAUAUUCAAUCAUAACUGUGUCAACAGGAUUGUGAAGUGAUCAUUUCUUGUAAAACUUGUAAAUAAACGAUCUUUGUAGAUAUCUUAAAGGUGUAAAGUUUGCAAAUUUGAAGAAAUAUAUAUUAACACUGUGGUCAGGUACAUUCCUUAAAACUAAUUAAAUGUACAUUUCUGUAAUAAAUAUUUUUUAAACUAAA